CCAAGAUGAUCGAGUCCGGGCAUUUUCUAUUCAGAGGUCAUGCCCCCUGUCUCGUCAUCGUUUAGGCGUUUGGUGCCUGAACUUCGUCAGGCACCCCUUCAAAUUCGACGACAUCCGUGACAUCAACGACCUCAACACAGCAUCACGCAACGGCCAAAGACCUUGGAUCCUUGCGUACUCCUUCACUGUCUCAAGAUGCUCUUUUUCAGCUUCUUCAAGACAUUGGUUGACCACGAAGUCACCGUCGAGCUCAAGAACGAUAUUCAGAUACGUGGGACCUUGAAAUCGGUCGACCAGUACCUCAACAUCAAGCUCGAUGAUAUACAAGUGGUGGAAGAGCUGAAGUAUCCUCAUUUGUCCUCGGUCAAGAAUGUUUUCAUCAGAGGUAGUGUGGUCAGAUACGUGCAUUUGCCUGGUAGUGCGGUAGAUACAGCGCUGCUGGAGGAUGCAACAAGGAGAGAAGCCGCGAAUCAGGCGUCGAAAGCGAAAUGAUAUGCAUAGUUGAGAUGAUCUGAGUUGGAUGGGGUUCUGAAUUGAAUGGGAACAAUGGUUAAAGGGCUGCUGAAACCAUGGAAGAUAUUGCCUGAGUGAAGCUUGGCUGGGAAGGUCCCCAUGAAUGGUCAAGAGGCAUCCAUACCUCUCACCCUUCGAUACCACACCGGAAGUGAGCAUAUCCAUGGUUUGCAACCUCGCAAAAGGCUUAGACUGGCAGGAUAUUGCGGUCUGCCUCAAAAGUAAAGUCUACAGCGAGAAAUACCCAAAAUAAUGAAGACUUGUGGUCAUAGAAAUCCAGAUUCUAACUUUUGACGAUACGUGAAAGAAAUAGCU